AUGUCUCGAUCGAAAGCGGCCGAAGAGGCCUUUCUAAAACAACAGGCAUCUGGAUCACAUGGCCCAGUCAGACAAUCCAGAUCCUCAGCAAUCUCCAAACAAGUUCUCAAAAACAACCCAAUUCCUCAAACUGUUCAUAGUAGUCCUAAUCUCCUGCUGCCAAACACAGCACGUGUAAAGGCAAAUCAACCAUUGAGAAGCACAAAGGUGUCUCAGAAGCUGGUUUUGUUCCCUCAGGCCUCUACAGAGGCUGAAUCAACGAUGCAAGCUACUCUUCCGAUCGAUGGCGAUUACCAUUUUGUUCCCGACCAUGAACAGCAAGGUGACCAUAUUCCAUUCGAACGUGAAGUCUGGCGUGAGCAACCACAGGGGGGUGUUCCUCUGCCGGUCGAGUGGACAUUUGGAUCCCGCACUGCUGCAGAACGCAUGACAAAGGAUGAGCGUGAUCUGGCAAUCCUUCCUCGGGUAGCAGCCUACUGCACAGGCGAUGGAUACGAUCUUGACCGCUUGCGUCCCUUUCUGCGUGAACACCACCACGUCACUCCUCGACUCUACGAUGAAUGUCUUUAUGCUGCUUACCAUUUCCCACUCAGAACACUCAGACCUGGCAAAGACAAUUUUUAUAAUAUCCGAGUACGUAGCUCAGCACCAGUGCCUGCCCAGACACCUGUAGAAGAGCAGGAGAUGAAUUAUGACGAAGACCAUUAUCAGCAAGAUGAGAAUGUACCCGAGCACGGACGCUCAGGACACUCGUACCCCGAAAACUACGAUCGUAGACCUUCGGUGAGUAGUGCAGUAUCUAUGCCUGAACGACAAUUGAGUAGCAUUGAACAAAAUUCCGAACCAGUUCAUGCUGAACACAUGGAUGUAAUAAAGGAAAGAGAAGAGGAUGGGCAGAGUUACAAUCCGGAUAAGUUUGAAAAUUAUGGGAAUGGUGAUGGUGAUCAAACCCCACAAGUAAAGGAUGAAUACCUCAAUGAGCAGAACGAUUACUUUUCGUCUCAACAAAAGUCGGUCUCAGCACCCGUAUCUCCACUUGCGAACAUGACAGAUACUCCUGGUCUAUCUGAACACCCCCCACAAGUACAGGUAGCUCCCAAUGGACCACCAAAGAAGCCUUUUACCGGCGGAGAAAUAUUUAUCUUCGAUUAUGGUGUGGUUGUGUUUUGGAACUUUCGCCGUGCCGAAGAACUCUUGACCCUUGAGGAUCUGGCUCCUUUUUCAGUACGACCUUUCAGAGAUAACCCGGACGAGGAUAUGCAGAUUGAGGAAAUGCACUUCCAAUAUGAUACAUCACAGUUGAAACCUCGUAUCUUUAACGACAUGAUUACUCUCAAGACAGGAAAUCAUAUGAUAAAGUUGACCUUGUCUCAUGGACUGUCUCAAAGUGCUGUUCUUGCUCGUUAUGAGGAUAUCAUGGACAAGACUAUCGAAGAUACAAAACAUCUGCCUAAAGAAAUGGCUCAGACUGGUCGGUUGGAUAAGAACCGUACAGAAAUUACAAAGAUUAAUGGACAGUUGUUCAACUUACGUAUGAAUGUAAAUCUGGUGUCCAAUGUGCUUGACACACCCGAGAUCUUUUGGUCUGAACCUGCAUUACAGCCAAUGUACAAUGCAAUUCGAGAUUACCUUGAGGUACCUCAGCGUGCUCAAAUCUUGAACGACAGACUUCGAGUGAUUUCAGAUUUACUUUCUAUGCUGAGAGACCAUUUGACAAAUUUUGGCGUUGAAUACCAAACUUUGAUUAUUAUCUAUCUUAUCAUUGUUGCUGUAAUUGUUGCAUGUUUUGAAAUUGCCGUUAAGAUCAUGCAAUCUAUUGAGGUAGUCUAGAUGAUUUGCUCCAAGUUGAUGACCCUCCAAGUACUCUUGUGAUUUCAAGUAAAAAAAAAAUGAAGAAGAAAAAGAGAUCCUUCCUUCCCAACC